CAGCAGGGGUGCCCUGAGUUCAGUACGCGUUUCGACCGUGCCUCGUGUAGUAUCUCGUUUUCUACCCCCCGUUAUAAUAUAUUUUCAUUUCCAAAGUUCACUCGGUAAAGAGUUUAACGGGGGAGGAUCUUUUUGUUUAAAAGAAAUAAAAAAGAACAAGAAAUCAUGGCGGAUUUAGACGAUUUUUUUGCGAAAAAGGAUCGGAAGAAAGCCAAAGGUAAAAAGUUUACCACGACCGAGGAGGUUGCGAAAAAAUUAGAAGAAACGGGUAAACGGACGGAAAAAAUGAAGCCAAAGGAAAAACCGACUAAUCCCGAAGGCGAGGAACCUCAACAAAUAGAGGAUGAAGAUGAAUGGAAAGAAUUCGAGAUAGAAGAAAAGAAAGAUCUGAGAGGUUUGAAAAUUGGAAACCUUUCUGUAAAAGAGACUGUUGACGUGGAAUCUGAUGAUGAAAGAGAAACCGGUGACAAUAGUUCUGAUGGUGAAACUGGAGAGAAUGUGGCCAAAAGUGGACCAUGGAAAAAACCAGAGGUGCCACAACAACAACAACAAGAAGUAGUAGAAGUUGUAACAGCUCCAGCCGCUGCUGUACCAGCAACUCCAACUUCGAUGCACAGCAGUUAUGUACCUCCCCAUUUGAGAAAUCCUACAGCAAUGACUUCUUCUGCUCCAAGAUCACGAGCUAAAAAUGCUGCACCUGAUAUUCAUAGCGAAGAAUAUUUCCCAACAUUGAGUUCCAAGCCGCAGAGCAAUGAACCCACUGGUCCAUGGGGACGACGGAAACGAGAAGAAGGUAUAUUCGAAGAGGUUCGCAAUCGUGGUGGGAGCAGAUCUUACAGUAUGCAAGAAUCUCAAGCUCAAACACCUAAACUUUCUCUCGGGAAUAAAUAUGGUGCACUGUCGCAAGAUCAAAGCUGAAAGCACUCCUUGCGAUUAGAUCAGAUAACGGACACGCAUUGUUAUAUCAUCGCCUCCUUUCCAUUACGUGGCCCAGCUAAGCCACAAAACAUUUCAUAGGAUAUAGAAUAUAUAUGUGUACCAUAGCAUGCAUAUAUAUAUACAUAUAGUUAUGUAUAUGAUAUAUGUAUAUAUGAAUAUGUAAGCGUAUAUCGUACACCGUGUGAAUGUCCGUGUUUUGAAAAAGCCCAGGGCAAAAUUCUGAUUCGACUGGUUAACAGGAUUCAUCGUGCUUGUGUAACAGGAGCAACUUAGGUCCUUCUAAGCAUCGAACGACAUUCUUACUAUCGAAAAUCGUAUUUUACAAGUGAAAACUUAUUUUCAUACUGUGUGCUCAAAUAUUAGCUUCACUUUUUAUAUUUAAUUUUAUAAAACUUGUAAGAUUAUACUACGUCCGGAAGUAUAAUCCUCUUCAAGAUAGGAAAAUAAUAUGUAGUGCGGCGAUCAGAUUCUCUAUUCGGAGAAUUUUUCUGUGAAUAUAUAAUAAUUAAAAUAUGAGAAAUACUCUUAUUUAGUUCGUAACUAUGUGAUUGAUCAUAUUUGUUUCGUUCUUAUUAUUUUUUGUUUUUAUUUCUUUUUUUUUUUCUUCUUUUUUUUUUCUUUUUAAUUUUCAUUUUUAUUUUCUAUCUUCACAUGGUGCUAGUUUUAUUUAGAAAAAGAAAAGAAAAUACAACGCUUUGAUAAUGAAUUGCUAAAUUUUUUCUGUAAUUAUAUUUUUUGUUCUCUUCGUCAUCCACAUUAUAUAUUUAAUGUUAACGUAAAUGUGCGUUUAAAAAAAAAAAAGAAAAAAAGAAAUGAAAUAAUCGGAUACAACGAUUGGUUGUUGGGUUUUUACAAAUAAUAAUAAUAUUCGCGUGCGUACGUACGAUGUCUAAUUGUUCUUUAUAGAUUCUUUUUGUUUUAUUUUUUUUUAAAAUGAAAACAGUUAUAAUAUAUAUAUAUACGAGAAUCGUUAAAAAAUGAGGUCGUUCCUUGACGGACCCUCAGUAGUACUCUGUUACGUUCUGUUAUGCUCAAAAAUAAACCAAACAAACGAAAAACAAAAAAAGAAAUAAACCGUUCGUCGACGACGGACAAUAGAUGGGACGAAUUUGAAAAUGAAUUGAGAGUGGAUUCAUAACGUCGAAGAACAAGAUCGGGCUAAAAAUUCAAUAUGGCUGGGCUUGUGCUUGGGAUAAGCAAAGAAAUAAGAAUAAAAAUAGACGUAAAGUGGAACGUAUCGAAGAUCAUUGAAAAUAUGUGUAUAGAAAAAGUACAUAUACUUUUGUUGUACGAUCGCGAUGGUCAAUGAUGCAAAGAAAUAUGAAAUAUCUCUUAUACAUAUAUAUAUAUAUAAAAGAAUUAAGAGAAAAGAUAAAAAAUUCAUGUACGUUAAAACAAAACAAGACAACAGUAAAAAAAGAGAAACAAAGAUAAAAGGAAAAACAAGUGUUAAUAAUGUAAGAUUUCGUUUGAUGAUAAUGACGAUGAUGAUGAUCGUUUUUAAUUUACUCUUGUUGAUUCAAUACUUCUUUUUUUCUUUCUGUUCUAUCAAUAAUAAUAAAUUAAUAAUAUUAAAAAAAAGAAGAAAAGAAAAGAACUAUAAGCGAGACGAGGAAAAGUGAUUUCCUAAUACGUAUAAUAAAUACAUACAUGCAUAGUUGGAAACUAAAGAAGGCGGUGCUAAAGCUGUUAUUUUUGAAGAUAUCAAAUGAGCCAUACAGAAUAUCGAAGAGUAUGUACAGUAAACGAAUAC